AUGACAUCAGCCGAUGAAAAAGCUGAAGUAGAGCACCUUAUUGCAGAACUAAGUCGAAAAUCUUCAAGUGUCGGUGAUGAUGAAAAUCGUAGUAGUCAAGGAAGUGCUGGCGAUGCCAGUUCGUCGGAACGCAAGCGAGUGCAAGCAAGACGUAAUUCUGGUACAAGUUCGUCAGGUGGCACUGGUGCUGGCCUUACUUCACCAAUUGACCAAAGCGGACAUUUAUUACAUAAAAAUGCAAAAAUAUCGAAGAAGUACAAUCGAAAAUCAAGACAAGGAAAAGGUCGUGGUUUGGCAAAAAAAGGCGGCGGCGGAGGACAAUUCACUUGGGGAGCUCCCGGAAGUGAGCUGUUAGAGGAAGAUAAUGAAGAAUUUUAUGAUGACGAAUAUGAUGCUGAUAUUCAAUACAAUAAAGCGAAAGCCAAAUUAAUUCAUGAUACCGGAAAAUCAUCUUCGGAUAUUGGUUUAACGGAUACAGCUGGUCAACACGUUGCAACGGAACCAAAUAUUAAAAUAGUUGGACAACCGUCAACGGCAACAACAGCGGUGUCAUCAACAAGUGAAAAAACGCUAACAUCACAACAGAGUUUAGAAACAAAACUGAAACGUCUUCAAAUCCAAGAUUUUGACAAAGAUGUUAAACCAUUAAUUGAAGAAUAUUUUCUUAAUGGUGAUGCCAAUGAUGUUGCACAAUCAUUGAAAAAAUAUGAUUUUAAAGCAAAAGGUUCAGAAUUAAUUGUUUACAUAAUAACAAUGGCCCUUGAACGAGCAAAUGUUUAUAAAGAACUAAUAUCACGUUUGUUACAUGAUUUAGCUGGUGUUAUCUUUCGUUCAGACGACUACACAACAGGUUUUGAUAAGUUAUUAACGACAUUAACGGAUUUAUUACUAGAUAAUCCGAACGCAUCGGCUGACAUUGGUAAAUUUAUUGCACGUUUAAUUGCUGACAAAUGCAUUGAUAACACCGAUGGGCAAUAUUUUCUUAAAUAUAAAGGCAAUGUUAAAUGCGACAAAAUGCAAUCAGCACUUAAUAAAGCAGACACAUUGGUAGCAAUGAAUGACUAUUAUUUUCUUAGUAAUAUCUGGGGCGAACAAUCAGGUGGUUUUCGGCCUGUACGUGAACUAGCUGAUAAAAUGAAUAUAAUUAUUCAUGAGUAUUAUGAUAGUGGCGAUAUCUUGGAAGCCGUACGAUGUUUAAAGGAAUUGAAUGUACCUCAUUUCAAUCAUGAAUUUGUUUAUGAAUUAAUUGAUUUUUGUAUCGAAAAAAAUAAUGAACGUGCAAAAACAAUAACAAUUGAUUUAUUAGAGAAUUUAACAAAAACUGUUGUUAUUACAUAUGAUCAAUUAAAAACGGGUAUGUUACGUAUAUUUGAAGAUAUGGAUGAUAUUGCACUGGAUGUACCAAAUGCUUAUGAACAAUUACAAUCGCUAUUAAAAGCUUUGGAAGAAAAAAAGAUUGUCAAUCAUGAUAUAGCAUCACAACAAGACAAAGGACGUAAACGUUUUAUUAGUGAAGGCGAAGGACGUGACGCGACCAAGUUCAACAAUGAACAACAGCAAAAAUAA